UUGUUUAUCCCAGCUAAAUUCCCCCCCGCUGAAAGCCGAGUGCGAAGAGUGAAGAGGUGAAGGUUUCUAAUUUGCCUACUUACCUAUCAUUUUCGGUAGUGUGGUGCUGCGGAAAGGCAAAAAUCGAAAAGAAAAGAGUGAGCGAGUGAGCCUCCCGCGAAGAAAAGAAAGAAAGCAGUGUUUUUGGUGAGAAAUUUCCGAGUGUGCCAAACGUGUUUUGUGUGACACAAAUUCCGCGAAUCUUCUUCCAACGUUUCGCAGCAGUAGUAGCGGGGUAGGUUGUGAGAGGGGCCCGCCCGGAUUGUUGCUCAAUUAAGCGGCUGAAAUUGCGGAAAAAGUGUGUGCUGCAGCAGUAGUAGAAGCCUUCGACGAGAAAAACCUCCCGUUUGUCUCGGAGAGUGCGAGGGAAGAAGCGAGUGAUUCAGGGAAAUUGAUAAUUUGUAGCAAAUUAAAAUACGAGAAGAGUGUUUUUCUGGGUGCUGACGAAGACGAGAACCAACAACGACGACCGCGUCGGUGGGGGAAUAGAAAUCACCACAACAACACACACCCGACGACACAGACGACGGGACGGACGUCGCGCACCCAGGAGAAGAGCGGCAGCAAAAAAGAUAACAAAAAUGGCUUCCAUUCGACGCGGCGGUGGCGGCGGCGUGAAGACCCUGUCGGUGGAGGAACGAGCCGAGAUGAGGGAAAAAUUUGAAGAAAUUGACACAAACAAGGACGGUUUCAUCGAGCUGAAGGAGCUUAAGGAUGCCCUCGAUCAGGUCGGAUUCAAACUGGCCGGCUACCAGGUCCGGUUGAUGAUCGACGAAUACAGCAACAAGCAACGCUCUCAGCAUGUAGGCAAACUGUCCUACGAUGAAUUCGAAGCCCUCUGCAUGGACCUUAAGGCAAAGGACGUGGCCAGCACGUUCAAAACGGCCGUAUCGAAAAAGGAAAACCUGGAAACCCUGGGUGGUAUGUCGGAUUCGUCCGCCGCCGGGACGACACAUUCGGUGCGAUUCGAAGAACAGUUGGCCUUCAGCGAUUGGAUCAACUCCAAUCUGGGCUACGAUCUUGACCUGAAGCACCUGCUUCCGCUGGAUCCGGAGGGAAAGCAUCUGUACGACAAGAUCAAGGAUGGUAUCCUGCUGUGCAAGAUCAUCAACCACUCGUGCCCGGACACGAUCGACGAGCGAGCGAUCAACAAGAAGAACCUCACCGUGUACACCAAAUUCGAAAAUCUGACACUGGCUCUGGUAUCGUCGCAGGCCAUCGGUUGCAACAUUGUCAACAUUGACGCGCACGAUCUGGCCAAGGGCAAACCCCAUCUGGUACUGGGUCUGCUGUGGCAAAUCAUCCGUAUCGGUCUAUUCAGCCAUAUUACGCUCGACAGCUGCCCGGGUUUGGCAACUCUCCUGGCCGAUGGCGAACGCCUUGAAGACCUAAUGAAACUCUCACCAGAAGCCAUCCUGCUACGGUGGGUCAACCAUCAUCUGGAGCGAGCCGGAAUCGCUCGUCGUUGCACCAAUUUCCAGAGCGACAUCUCCGACUCGGAGGUGUACAGCUAUCUGCUGAACCAGAUUGGCCCAAAGGAUGCUGGUGUUACGCUGGAAGCACUCAGGGAACAAAACGCCUUAAACCGCGCCGAGGUCAUGCUGCAGCAGGCAGCCAAGCUGAACUGCCGUUCCUUCGUUACGCCACAGGACGUUGUCAACGGUGUCUACAAGCUGAACGUGGCCUUCGUUGCCAAUCUGUUCAACAUCCACCCAGGGCUGGACCAACCGGACGAGAUCGAAGGUCUCGAAGCGAUCGAGGAGACCCGCGAGGAGAAGACAUACCGCAACUGGAUGAACUCGAUGGGCGUCAAACCGCACGUCAACUGGCUCUACUCGGACAUGGCCGAUGGUCUCAUCCUCUUCCAGCUGUACGACAUCAUCCAGCCGGGAAUCGUCAACUGGAAAAAGGUCCACCAGAAGUUUACACCGCUGCGUAAGUUUAUGGAGAAGCUGGAAAACUGCAACUACGCCGUCGAGCUAGGUAAAAAGCUCAAGUUCUCUCUCGUCGGCAUCGCCGGGCAGGAUCUGAGCGAUGGAAAUGCCACCCUCACACUCGCCCUCAUCUGGCAACUGAUGCGAGCCUACACCCUGUCCAUUCUGUCCCGCCUGGCCAACACCGGAAAUCCCAUCAUCGAGAAGGAAAUCGUCCAGUGGGUCAAUUCCAAGCUGCAGAACGCCGGCAAGAGCACCAGCCUGAGGAACUUCCAGGAUGGGUCCAUUUCCGAUGGCAAAGUCGUCAUCGAUCUAAUCGAUGCCAUCAAACCGGGCAGCAUCAAUUACGAUAAUGUCAAGGAUGGCGGAAAUGCGGAGGAAAACCUCGAGAACGCCAAGUACGCCGUUUCGAUGGCCCGCAAGAUCGGCGCCCGGGUGUACGCCCUGCCGGAGGACAUUGCCGAGGUGAAACCGAAGAUGAUCAUGACCGUGUUCGCUUGCCUGAUGGCCAUGGACUACGUGCCCAACAUGGACAGCGCGAAGAAUAAUGGAACCACCACCGCCGCCCCUGUCGUCGUUGCUUCGGUGCAAGCUCCGGUGUUCAAGGUGAGCCCUUCCAAGGUGGAAGUGGUGGAACCAGCUCCGCUUGCAGCGCCAACUGCACCAGAAGCCGACGACGUAGCAAAAACGGCGGUGGUUACCAAUGGUGGUAGCAACAGCAACGGGGCAGUUACCACCAACGGAAACGGUGCAAUCGAAACGGAAGCGUCGACGGUCGAAGUCGUGGUGGACGAGUUUGUCGAUUGAAAUGGCAAGUAAAAGGUGAAAAGAGGUUAAUUUUUUUUUGUUGCGGAAAUGCAAAAAUGCGAAAGCGCAUAUUAGUCACAAUACAUGUGUAGUUGAGGGGUGUACCGACACGGGCGAGGGGAACUAGCUAGGACCAUAAGCUAUGUUUUUUUUAGUUUUUAAAUGGAAUUUAUUUUCGCUAUCAACUUUUUGGUUUUCCAACAUGAGGAUGCAGUUUCGACAUGGGUGACACCUUGUUAAUAGUUUUCUUGUGAAGAAAACUGGCCAAACAAGCGUGUAUUCAUUAGGAUUUUCUUUGUGUAGAGUCAGCUACACAAUCUGUGUUAUCGGUUUACUUUUCUUCCAACUAUCGUGUAUUUAUAUAAACCAAUAAUUAACAUAACACGCAUUGUAUUAUAUUUUUAAAUGUUUAACAAAAAUGCAUUGUCUACUGGCCAAGGAGAAAAAAAAAUUGUUAAUUUUCUAUAUGUUUCGCUUAAAAUGUAACGGAAAAGCAAAAUUACACUACCCGUAAGCUUCCCGUUUUGCACUGUAGCUAUAUCGACUUAUUUUCGCAUAUAAAUUAUUAGGCAAAAGUGUGCCAAAAUUAAGCUAAAUUUGUCUCUGGGUCAAACACCAGAGCGCGGAAAUUGGAAGGGAAAUUAAGAAAUAAAAAGAAACAAACGAAGCAACUGCGAGUGUGCGUGUGAGUGCUUAUAUGUAGGUUAGUGUUGGAUGUGAGAGUUCGUGAUCCCCCUCCCCCUCCUUAUCCACCUGGCUUCGUCACUUGUUAUCAUUAUCAACUAUACUAUACUUAUGUAAACGUGCGUAUGUUAAAGAAAAAAAAAACAAUAUCUCAAAACUUUUCUCCGCAAUAUUGACACUCAAGAAGCGAAACACGCGUAUUCAUGCUUCUUCUGACCCCGCAAUAAAAUCGUACUAUUUUCAAACGUAAUCUAUGUUUCCAAAUAUUGUAUCUAAGUCGAUUUCUUCUUUCCUUUCGUCGCCGAUAACCGGACCGACACACAUUUAUAGCAGAACGAUUUUUCCCGUUCCCGGUUGAUGAUUGUUUUCUUAUUUUUUUUUCUGUUUGUAAAUCAAAUUUAUAAAUAUAGGUGUAACCUAUAAAGUAGCGACGUAGUGUAUCUUAAUUAAGUAAUAACUUAGCGAUCGAGGAAACAUUUUAAACACCACCCUAACAAUUAGAUCUACAAAACGAGGAAUUUUCCGCUCUGAUCAAUUGAACAAUAUACCACUGGCAAACAACCAAGUAUAACUAUUACUAGUAAUUACAGAACAAUAGCAUUUUUGGAAUUGAAGUUUUACUGCAUUUUAUGGUAUCAGCCACCAUGCGUCGCUCUCCAAUCUCCAAGCAAAGUUAAUCAGCGAAGUAUUCGAAAUCAUAAUAAAGCAUUAAUUUAAUAACUGAGCUGCCCCACUUGAAAGGAGAGCGCGAUAUACCUAAUCCAACCAAUAUCUCUGCCGCCUACCGAAAAACUGGAGACUGGGAGUGCAUAACUUUACAAAACUAGUUAUUGGCUAAAACGUAACGUAAACGUAACUAUCGAAAGGUAAUAUACCGCAACAGGCUAAAAAGUGAAUAAAUUCAAUAAAAAUAA